AUGACUCCAUCUGUUUACCAUCUUCAGUUACAUCUUGAUGGACAACAAUUUAUCUCUUUUAAAAGCACACAGACGAUAAAUUCAAUUGUGAAUAACCCCAUGAUCAGAAAAACCAUGUUGACAGAGUUCUUUGUGAUGAAUAGAGAAAAUAAGGAUGCACAGAAGUUAAAUUUACUCUACAAGGAAUUUCCAGAAUACUUUGUAUGGUCCAAACAAUAUAGAAUGUGGACAUGUCGAAAGCAAGGUGCUGUUAUUGGACGUAUAGUCACAUGUCAUCCAAUAGAAAGAGAAAGGUACUAUCUUAGAUUGUUAUUAAUGAACAUUAGAGGACCAAAAUCAUACCAACAUUUGCUAACCGUAAAUGGAGUAUGUUGCAGUACAUUUAGAGAAGCAGCAGAAAAGCGAGGCUUAUUACAAUGUGACAAUAACUUAGUUGAUUGUAUGUCAGAAGCGGUAAGAUAUCAGAUGCCUUAUAGUUUGAGACGUUUAAUUACCACACUUCUUGUAUAUUAUAAUCCUGCUAACCCAAAAGAACUUUGGAAUCAAUUUGAAGAUUCUAUGUGCGAAGACUUCAAGAUUUUGCCAAACUUAAAUCCAAAACAGAUUCGUCAUAUGGCCUUAAACCAUAUUAAUGAUAUUCUGCAUUCAAUGGGUCGUGACAUAAAUGAAUUUACACUCACACCAGAAAUAAUUUUAGUUUCUUCUGCUGCUAGGGAGGCUCAAGAUUCUCAUUUUGAAAGAAAUAUAAUUGUUAGAGAAGAGGAUUUGUUACUAGAAACAAAAUUGAACGAUGAUCAGCGAAAAGCAUAUGAUACAAUCCUUGAUAGAAUAUUUAAGAAUAAGUGUGGAGCUUUUUUUAUUAAUGGUCCCGGAGGAACUGGUAAAAUAUUUUUGUAUCGCGCAUUAUUGGCUACUGUACGUUCAAAAGGAUUCGUAGCUCUAGCAACAGCAACAUCUGGUGUCGCAACUUCAAUUCUUCCAGGAGGACAAACUGCUCACUCCCGUUUUAAAUUUCCGAUUGAUAUUGAUGAAAAUAUCUCAUGUAAUAUCAGUAAGCAAAGUUCACUUGCAUCAUUGAUACGAGAUGCCAAACUAAUCAUGUGGGACGAAGUGUCUAUGGCCAAAAAACAGCUGAUAGAAGCUUUUGAUUUACUAAUGAAAGAUCUAAUGGAUACAAAGACACUCUUUGGUGGAAAAGUUGUCGUCUUUGGUGGUGAUUUUAGACAAACUCUUCCAGUUGUUCGGAGUGGCAAAAAGGAAGAUUUCAUACGAGAAAGUUUAUUGUGUUUUGAAAUUUGGAACCAACUUGAAAAAUUGCGAUUAUCAGUAAACAUGCGAGCAAGAACAGAUCCUGCUUUCUACGACUAUUUGAUGCGAAUAGGGAGCGAAAAAGAAAAACUAAAUUCUCAAGAUUCUGAAGUUGUAAUAUUGCUUGGACAGAGCAUCAGCUGUCAGCCGGAACAGCAAGAGGAGAAUGUGAAAGGAGCAGAAGAGAAGUGGACAAUUACAAACAUAAAAUAG